CUCGUUCCUGUUAUCCUGUUCCUAGUUCUUAUGCUUCAUAAGCAGAAGCGUUCCCGUUCCCGUUCCCGUUCUCGUUCUCAAUCAAAUUUCCAAAAUUUACGUUCCUGUGUUCCCGUUCCCGUUCCCAAUAGGGUUCUGUGGUACAAGCGAAGCCAUUUUUGAUGGAAAUUUUUUCAUUUUCUUCUAUUGUACCCAAAAACUACUAAAAGUUUGUGGAAAAAGCAUAUUUUUUCCUAUUUUUCAGAGUUUUGGGAGGUAAUUUGAGAACCCUGAAAGAACAUCUAAGAAUGGCAAAUUAGCACUCCGUUCCCGUUCCCGUUCUCGUUCUCACAAAUUUAAUGUUCUCAUUCUCAGUAAGAACGUUCUUCAAGAGGAUUUGUGUGAUUAUCCGUUCGUUCUUUGAAGGAAAUUUGAAAAGUUGCGUUCUUUAUGCGUUCCCGUUCCCGUUUUCGUUCGUUCUCACAGCACUGCUCACCGAGGCCGAAGGCCGAGGGAAGUUAACAGACAUAGUAUGAACAACAAAGCGACCCGCGCAACCGAGGCGAAGCCGAGGUGAGCGGACACAACGCCCCCCAACACUGAAAACAGCUAUUUUACCAAAAUACAAAAAUUGCAAUGAAAAAAAUUUUAAAUCGAAAUAAAAUACGCGAAAGGAUGCUCGUAAAGCAGUGCCGUAUGAGUGUUGAGUGAUGGAUCAGAUGAGAUCGGAAAUCGAACAUAUGAUUCAGUCAGUCGUUCACUUGUGUUCCAUGAACGUGGUGAGUAUAGACCAUCUCCAAACUUAAACGCUCAUCUCGCCAUCUUGUUUAAAAAUAUUCCCUUUGAAAAUAAUGUCGUUGCGAAAUAAUUGCGCAUUGUUUUAAAUUUAAUGUAAUUGUUUUAAAAGUGAUAUUAAUUCGUAUAAGGAUUGUUAAUGCAUUUCUUCUUAUAUCUAGUUAAGUUAUAGAAAUGUGAUUUUGAGUGUGUUAUUUUACUCAACUUCAUUCUGUCAACUUGUACUCGACUUCGUUACUUUGUAUUGCUAUAUUCUUCCACCCGAUGGCCCCUUCGAAUUGUAUUCCAUGUUCGUGAUCUCAUAAUAUUAUAAUAAUGGAAACUCAAGAGAAAAUCGUUGAUGUUAACGUCGAUGGGACCUUCGUUGUUAAAACAGAUGCCGGCGAGUUAUGCAGAUUAUGUGCCAAUACGGAUAAUCAGUUUAUUCCUAUUUUCCAAGGAGAAGGUUUGGAACACAAUCUUUCUCUUAAAAUAGAAACGCACCUUCCCAUAAUUAAGGUUACCGAAGCUGACAAAUUACCAUUGCAAAUUUGUUAUCAAUGUGCCUCUACGUUAAUUUCAUGGCACAACCUUUACGAAAGUUGUCGCGUAGCUGAUAAAAGAUUACGUGAAAUUAUAGCUGUUGAUGAGAAAUUGUAUCAGGAAGAUGAUUCUUGUGGAGAUUUUGCUGAUGAUUUUCGAGAUGAUUACGACGACGAUACGCCUGUAAAUCUCCCUACCGAAACUCCUAGUACCAGCAAUUUAGAAUCUAAUACGUUUAAAGAUAAUCCUACCGAAAUACCUACGUUAAGCGAAACUAAAUCAUUAAUUAAUGAGACUGAAUUAGAAGAAAGUGAUGAAAGGAGUAGUGCUGCACUCGAAGGCGAGAAAUGGGAUCCACUUAUAUUGCCACCUCAACAACAGACGGCAGCCGGUGCUACGGCGACGAAUGCCGAAGAUCGAGCGAAAUUAGUGAAAAGUAAAAAAUUAGGUCCUCUGAUGCGUAGCUAUGAAGGUAACGAUGUCAUCGUGCUGGAGUGCGACCAAUGUACGGCAUUUUUUAUCGAUAAAAACGAUUACGACAAGCAUCGUAAAUCGCACGAAAACCACAGUGUAGGCGAAUGCGCCGUCGAAGCGAGCUUCAUUUCCGUAUGCGGUGAUGAUUUCGACGACGUCCAUUUGAAAACUGUAGAUGAUACCGAGUCUGCAGCAAAAAUACGCAGUAAGAAAAAAUCGUCGUCGAAUUCGCCCAGUAAAGCGGUUAGCCCGAAAGGCUGGAGAAAUUCGAGUCGACAAAAACUACGUAUCAAGUUGGGCGGAAACGUGGUUGUGAAGAAAACUGCCAAGAAAGUUAGUACCGGUACUGGUAGAUCUUCGUUGUCGAAAGAUGAUUCAAUUAGUGUUCGUGGCUUGUCGUCGUCGCUGUCUUCGCAAAGAAGGCAAUCGACCAAAAACGUUAGCUAUACCGAGUUCGACGAUAGCGACGGUGAAAAUGAUAGAAAAAAUGUGAAACGUGUGUUGCCCGACGAAUUUGAAACGCGCAUCACGAAACGUGCUAAAGAUGUGAAAAAACGCAAAUGUUCGGAGCCUGUAGCGUUCGAAAUGGAUAGCUCGGAGGACGAGGUGAAACCAGGAAGAGGCGACGAUAUUAUCGAAGUUAUCGAAGAAAUGAUUAUAGCCGAUCGAACGCCGAGUAAAAAAAAUACGCGUGAACGAAGAAGCACUUCGGAUGGUGAAGUUAGGAGGAAGAAACCGAGACUGAAAAGGUUACGUCGUGGAAACGACGAAGACGACGAUAAAGGUCAGACUAUCUACACUUGCGCCCAUUGCUUGCGAAAAUUCCGACGUAAAUCGAAUUUAAAAAGACACAUGUCGAAAUUGCACUUCGGUAAAGAGAAGGAUGACGCUAGCGACGGAUCCAAAUGGUUCACCGGAUAUUGCUGCGAUAUUUGCGGAGAAGGGCUGCAAGUACGAUCGAUGAUGAUGGCUCAUCGCGACGUCAUGCAUGGCAGGUAUCCGGAGAUCGACUGGUGUAAAUAUCAAACGUCGCUGGCUCGAGUGAAAUUCUGCAACGAAUGCAAGAAGUAUUUCCGCGGAGGUAAAUUAUUCGACGAACAUAUCUGCGAUAAAGGUAAAGGUAUCGUCGACGAAGAACGCGCCAGACUGAUGAAAGAAGCCGAAGACAUCAAACCGUCGUUUUUCUGUUAUAUUUGCAAUCACUGCUUCAAAUGGAAAUGGGAUUACAGAGCGCAUCACGAAAACGAACACAAAGAAGCUCCGCCCAUAGAUUGGUCCUCGCUGAAUCCUUUGAAACUCGAAUUCUACUGCGAUAAAUGCUGCAAAGCGUAUUCCGACGAGAUGGUGUUGAAUAGUCACGAGUGCACCGCCGCAGCUCAACAAACGGCCAGCGACAUGGCCGUUAAACCGUUCCGAUGCGAGCUUUGCGGCAGCGAUUACUUCUGGAAAUCGGAUUUCCGGCGACAUAUGCGAACCAAGCACCCGAAAGAGAACUAUCGACCUACCGAGCACGAUACCAUCAUAUACUCGUGCCCGUACUGCGAAGAAAAGUUCUCGAUGAAGAAACGUAUUCUGCAUCAUAUGCGCAAAGCUCACAAUAUCAACAGCGACUCGCCGUUCGUCUGUGUGCAGUGUAACAAGGUGUUCAGACGACGUGACAAUCUCGAUCGACAUAACGAAUCGUAUCAUCCGACUCUGAACGAUCAAGAAGCGAACAAAAUACUAUCCGGAGCUGAAAUCAAAAUCAACGGCGAGAUUGCCUACCAUUGCGAGGUAUGCAAUCGUAAUAUGUCGAAUCCGAACCGGUUCAUAUCGCAUUACCGAGGCCAUUACUCGGAGAAUAAAUUCACGUGCGAUUUAUGCGGCAAGCAGGCGAAAACUCAGCACCAACUCAACACGCACAUCAAAAAUAUCCAUUUGAAUAUUCGUAACUACAAGUGCGACAUUUGCAGCAAGAGCUUUUACACCAAACAAGCCUGCGAAGAGCAUAGACGUAUUCAUACCGGCGAACGUCCGUUCUCGUGCGAAAUCUGCGGCAAAACCUUCGUCGCCGGAAACGCGCUCAUAUCGCACAAACGAUUCCAUAACGAUUUCUACCCGCACAGCUGCCACAUGUGUCCGAAAAAGUUCAAAGUUCGCAGAUCGCUCAUCAAUCACAUACGUACGCAUACCGGCGAACGUCCGUUCAAGUGCGAUUUGUGCACCAAAACGUUCAACAACUCGUCCCAGUAUUCGUACCAUAAAAAAGUCACUCAUUCGGAAGCUCGACCGUUCGUAUGUUCGCUAUGUGGUAACUGCUUCAAAGCGAAUAAGUUCCUAACCAGGCAUAUGGAACUGCACGCUAUUCGUACUCAAAUCCAAACCCGCAAACCGAACAAUCCGGCUCACUAUACGACAUCUCAGAUUAAAACCUCGCCAGCAACAACCCCUUCGGCAGCUCAACCUGUUGCGAGUACAACGAUAGCGGCCAGUCAUCAGCAACAGCAACCAGUACCGCAGCAGCACCCUCCUCUUCUUCCUCAGCCUGCAAAUAGAGUUAGCGUCGUCGAACAAACCGUUUCCAGCGCACCGAUUAUGACUGCUCAGGUGCAACCAGUUCAACAUGGCAAUUCUGGAGGUGCCGUUUACGUGAAAGAAGUCUCGCCAUCGACUUCGGCCACCUACAGAAAUGAUGAUCUGGUAGCAGCAGCGAUGUAUAAUUUGCAGAGAACCGGAUACGAGAAUAAUACGAAUGAAUUUGCCAGACCUGUCGUCGCUCCAGCAGGUUGUGAUAUCAAUACCAUGAAUGGCAACAAGAGAAAUUUUACAGCAGCCGAUGCUUAUGUGACUGCUGCUAGUUACGCUUUGGGUAACGAAGAUUUUAAAACUAAUCCCGGUACAGUUGCUAGACCUUAUAAUCCUCCUGGUCAGCCUCCCGGUAACCAUUCUAUAGCCACUGGCAAACACAUGACGUGGUUGUAAUGUAUUUGUGUUCGACCUUUUUAUUUCUUUUUGCGGUUUGAUUAAUUUUUUUAUUGUAUCUCUUUUCCACGUCUGAGUGUAUUUAUUUCAUUUUUUCAAGUAUAAAAGCAUAUUGUAUGUACAGAAAACUCGAUUAUUUUGUUUUAAAGUAUGUUCUUGAAAAAUUUCGACUACAAUACAGUUGUUUGUUUUUUUACUGAAGAAAGUUUUAAUUUGUU